CCGCGCCCACGCCCCCGCCGCCGUCCCGCGUGGCGGCCGCCCCCUGCGCGCGGGCGGGGGGCACGGCUUCCCCCGCGCCUUAUCGCCGGAGGAAGCGGCCGCUCCUGGCCCGGCGGCUCAGUGGCGGCGCGAUGGGGAACCUGCCGGCCGUGCUGCCCGGCGCUGCCCGCUCCUGCGGCCUCGGCCUCUGCUCGCGGCAGCUCAGCCCCGCGCCCGAGGAGGGUCCCGGCCCCGACAAGAGCAGCCCGGUGCCCGUGCGCCCCACGGAGCCCACGCGCUUUGCCCGGCUGAAGAACUGGGAGACCGGGAGCAUCGCCUACGACACGCUCUGCGCCCAGGCCGAGCAGGAGCUGCCGUGCUCGGGGCGGCGCUGCCUGGGCUCCCUGGUGCUGCCCAAGCAGCUGCCGGCCCCCGGCACCGAGGGCGCCCGUAGCGGCCCCGAGCUGCUGGCCCUGGCCCGGGACUUCAUCAACCAGUACUACGCGUCCAUCCGGCGGGACAACUCCCCGGCGCACGCGCAGCGGCUGCGGGACGUGGAGGCAGCCAUCGAGGCCACGGGCACCUACCAGCUGCUGGAGCCCGAGCUGAUCUUCGGGGCCAAGCAGGCCUGGCGCAACGCCGCCCGCUGCGUCGGCCGCAUCCAGUGGAACAAGCUGCAGGUGUUUGAUGCCCGGGACUGUGCCAGCGUGGGGGAGAUGUUUGGCUUCCUCUGCACCCACAUCCAGUAUGCCACCAACCGCGGCAACAUACGGUGAGAGAGAGCAUGGUGGAUGGGAUGGGAUGGGAUG